AUGGCGGGAAAGAUACCUAAAGACGAGAUGGAGGAGCUCAGAGAGGCCUUCCAGAAAGUUGAUACUAACAGUAAUGGUUUUAUCUGUGACAUGGAGCUGACUGACCUGUUUAAAGAAGCUAACCUACCGUUGCCAGGAUACAAGCUUCGACGGUUCCUCUCGAUCGCCAAGGAGCUGAAGGGUGAUGACAUAGCUAAGAGCUUCCGGAAGGCCAUCAACAGGAAGGAGGGGAUUCUGGCUAUAGGAGGAACCAGUGAGCUGUCCAGUGAAGGAACACAACACUCAUUCUCAGAGGAGGAGCGUUAUGCGUUUGUUAACUGGAUCAAUGCAGCGCUGGAGAAGGACCCUGACUGUAAACACGUCCUCCCUAUGAACCCCAACACCCCCAACAGUUUGUUCACUGCUGUAGGAGAUGGCAUCAUCCUCUGUAAAAUGAUCAACCUGUCAGUCCCAGACACCAUUGAUGAGAGGACAAUCAAUAAGAAGAAGCUCACUCCCUUCACCAUACAGGAGAAUCUCAACCUGGCUCUGAAUUCUGCCUCUGCUAUUGGUUGUCAUGUAGUGAACAUCGGAGCUCUGGAUCUGAGAGAGGGGAAACCACAUCUGGUACUGGGCCUGCUGUGGCAAAUCAUCAAGAUAGGGCUGUUCGCUGAUAUAGAACUCAGUAGGAACGAAGCCCUAGCUGCGUUGCUGCGUGAGGGAGAGAGUCUGGAGGAUUUGAUGAAGCUGUCUCCUGAAGAGCUUCUGCUCCGCUGGGCUAACUUUCACCUAGAGAAUGCUGGCUUCAGCAAGAUCAACAACCUCUCCUCUGACAUCAAGGACUCUAGGGCUUACUAUCACCUGCUGAACAUGAUCGCUCCUGACGGCAGCAAAGAGAACGAGCAACGCAUUGAGAUCAACAUGUCUGGAUACAAUGAGAAAGAUGACCUGCGUAGGGCAGAGAGUAUGCUGGUUCAGGCUGACAGGUUGGGCUGUAGACAGUUUGUGACCCCUACUGAUGUGGUCUGUGGGAACCCCAAACUCAACCUGGCCUUCGUUGCCAACCUGUUUAAUAAAUACCCAUCACUCACCAAGCCUGAGGGGCAGGACCUGGACUGGGCCAAACUGGAGGGUGAGACGAGAGAGGAGAGAACCUUCAGGAACUGGAUGAAUUCUCUGGGAGUCAACCCUCAUGUUAACCAUAUAUACGGUGAUCUGUUAGAUGCGCUGGUCAUCCUCCAGCUGUAUGAGAGGAUUAAGGUUGCAGUGGACUGGGACCACAAAGUCAACCGCCCUCCCUACCCCAAGCUAGGGGCCAACAUGAAGAAGCUGGAGAACUGUAACUACGCAGUGGACCUCGGGAAGGCCAAGGCAGGGUUCUCUCUGGUCGGCAUCGGAGGACAGGACCUUAACGACGGAAACCCCACCCUCACCCUGGCUCUGGUCUGGCAACUGAUGAGGAGAUACACUCUGAAUGUUCUGGAGGACCUUGGACAUGGAGAGGCUGCUAACGAUGACCUCAUCAUCAACUGGGUCAACAGAACCCUGACUGGAGCCGGGAAGAACUCUAAGAUCUCCAGCUUCAAGGAUCGUGGUAUCAGCAGUAGUCUUCCUGUCCUGGACCUGAUUGACUCCAUCCAGCCACGCAGCGUGAACUAUGACCUUGUCAAGACUGGAACGCUCUCUGACGUUGACAGAUUGGACAAUGCCAAGUACGCUGUGUCCAUGGCAAGGAAGAUCGGAGCCCGUGUGUACGCCCUACCCGAGGACCUGGUGGAGGUGAAACCAAAGAUGGUGAUGACUGUGUUCGCCUGCCUCAUGGGACGGGGUAUGAAGAGGGAAUAGCACUUCAGCCACACCAUCAGCCUGUGCCUCAGCCUCUAGCCUGUUUGCUAACAGGCUUUUGGUUUAAACAAUGAAAACAGCCAUAUUAUAUUAGAUACAUAUUGAUUGAAUGACAGUGGCCAUAUUGCUCCACAGCUGAUUUGAUGACUCUGUAUAUCUGCCUUUAACUUAAGACACUGUGUCACACUGUAUGUGAUGCUGUAGCUUUUCGUUGACCUCUGCGGUGAACAUUAGACUGGACUAUGGCUGUAAAGGACAUGUCAUGUGGGGGAUGACUGGAAUCGCUCUCACAACAGUUCUUAGUUGAGAGAUUGGACUAGAAGUUUCUGUAGGAUUAGAGAGAGAGAGACAGAGAGAGAUAGAGAUUGAGAGAGACAGAGAUAUAUAUAUAUAUAUAUAUAUAGAGAGAGAGAGAGAUUGAGAGAGACAGAUAGAUAUAUAUAUAUAGAGAGAGAGAGAUAGAGAUUGAGAGAGACAGAGAGAUAUAUAUAUAUAUAGAGAGAGAGAGAUAGAGAUUGAGAGAGACAGAGAGAUAUAUAUAUAUAUAGAGAGAGAGAUAGAGAUUGAGAGAGAAAGACAGAUAGAGAGAGAGAGAGAGACAGAGCGAUAGAGAGAGUGUGUUGCUUUGAUUCAACGAUUUUUCAUCGAAUGGCCUUAAGGUUCAGUCGUAAAUGGGUCCCUAUGUCCCUAGUUUAGAUUAUUGACCAAAUUACACAAAACAUACCUACACAAUAGAGCAUUCCAUGUUAUUAGUAUGUUUGACUGGUAUAUUUGUCAUCCCAUGUUAUUAGUAUGUUUGACUGGUAUAUUUGGCAUCCCAUGUUAUUAGUAUGUUAUUAGUAUGUUUGACUGGUAUAUAUGGCAUCCCAUGUUAUUAGUAUGUUUUACUGGUAUAUAUGUUAUUAGUAUGUUUUACUGGUAUAUAUGUUAUUAGUAUGUUUGACUGGUAUAUUUGGCAUCCCAUGUUAUUAGUAUGUUUUACUGGUAUAUAUGUUAUUAGUAUGUUUUACUGGUAUAUAUGUUAUUAGUAUGUUUGACUGGUAUAUUUGGCAUCCCAUGUUAUUAGUAUGUUAUUAGUAUGUUUGACUGGUAUAUAUGGCAUCCCAUGUUAUUAGUAUGUUUGACUGGUAUAUUUGGCAUUCCAUGUUAUUAGUAUGUUUGACUGGUAUAUUUGGCAUUCCAUGUUAUUAGUAUGUUAUUAGUAUGUUUGACUGGUAUAUAUGGCCAUGCCUUUAACAGAAAGGUAGCCAAUCAACUAUGCAUAAACAAUCUGUUUUGUUGUUGAAAUAAUGUAGUCGUUGAAAAGCAAAGCUUUAAAUGUCCCUGACCAGUUAGUGUUGUGGAACCUGUUAAAACAAUACUAUCGUUGCUGUGGUGAGGACGGAUUUGGGGAGAGAAACUGGAAGCCUGUCUGUGUUACAGAGUCCUGUCUAUACAGAUGCCAUGCUGAUCCUGAACGGAUUAAAUACAACUCUUCAUGAUA